ACUUCACAGUUGGCAACAUUGGCAUCAUCUACCAUAAUGACAAUGACCUUCAAAUUGACCUUAUUUUUAUUUUCAUCUUUUGACAUACUUGUUAAUUUUGUUAUUUUUAUUUUAUGAUUUUAUUGUCCAAAAGCAGCUAAAAGUCUUCGACCAUUCUUUGACGAUUGAAUAAUUGAUUGGAGGGUAUACCGAUUGAAGAAACAGAUAUUAUAACAGAAAGAGGAUUUCAGCGACAAAGUUACAGAGCAACCGCGAACAGUUUCGACGGCUUCGAGACUGCCUACAUUAGUUUGGUAAACAAACGGACCAAUAUGGAGCCAAAGGUAAAUAACGAUCCGAUGUGGCAUAAUUUCGGGAAUGAUAGUGUUGCAUUUACGGCGUACAAAUCGAGAAGCAAAUUUGCCGUAACACUAGAGGGGUUACAGCCCCUAAUUGACGAAACUUACAAUAAUCUACGUUUCAUAUCCAAGAAUUUUAAUAGAUGCGUACCGCUUUCCGCCUAUUCGUAUUACAUCUGGUCAAUUGCUUACGCGAGGAUAGGUGCAAUAAAAAGAUACCAAGGACAGGAAAAUCAAGCUCUACAUGCACCACCUUUACCAAUUGGAGAUUAUCUCAGAUCGAUAGGCAAUAUCAAAGAUACGACGGGGAUAGAUUAUGAAGUUGACUUCCCGGCAUGGCCUAACGAACACGGUCACUUUGGACGCGUUAGCGCGGAAAACCAUUACAUGUAUGAAUCGCUCGCGGCACCAGUGGUAAUAGCGCAAAGAAUGCAACAGGACCUCGCUUAUACUCGUAAUCCUCAACAACCCAGUAAUUGGAAUCUUCCCGAAGAUUUAGUCCCACUUGAAGGAGUAUCCGCAGGGUUACCGACCGUAAACUGUUUAGGCUGGGCACCAGCCACUAGUCUAACUCUCGAGCAGCAACGUUUUCUCGAAUCAGCGGGAGUAUGUAGAGACAGCAUACACCCAACGUUGGUCAAAUUACCACUUAACUCACGAUUAUUGUUGGAUGUUUAUACCUUUAUCAGAUGCACAGAGGCGGCUAUUUGUGAAUUUGAACACCACAGUCAGAGAGGCAGCAUGGCACAGAUGCUAUGGCAAAAGAGAAGCGACGAAGGGACAGUAUCUUUCUCGAGGACUCACCAUUACUGCGGUAACCCUAUGUCCGCACAAUGCUUUACCCUAAUAGAUCGACGAAUCGCGACUGCCGCAUUAAUUACAGCCUUCCGAGUGGAGAAAGAUGAAAUCCAAGGCACUAGACCAUAUUGCGCAUAUGAUUUUGGGGAGUACAAAAACGUACCCGACGCGUGGCACCAGACCCGCAAUAGGAUAUUCAACCACGGGGAUACUGAAAUGUGGAACUUGUCUACGCAUAGGAGUAUGUCGUCUACAUUCACAUCAUUAGCGAGAUCUAUUUGGGUACGUAAAAGACUAAAUGAAAAUAGUAUGAACUGAUGAAUAAAACAUCAUCUAGGGGCGAGCAUAACCCGUUCCUGAAACAAAAAAACUCAAAAAGGGGGCGCUAUAAAAACAGCCCUUGUUUCUACUAAAAAGUACUAUUAAGCAUUAAGAAACAAAAACGUGGAUAUGCAUCAAAGAAACGUUAAGUUAAGAAAUUAUGUAUAUUAAACAAGAAUUAAAAUUUGUCAUAUAUUA